AUGACCUUAAAUUUAGCUACAACAACAACGCGGAAAAACACCUUCGAAGUGAGUUCGUGGAAAAGUUUGCUAUGCAGGUGGUGAUAACAUGAUUACCUGCACAUUAUCACCUGAUUGGUAAUACGUAAAUAAAUUGGGGAAAGAGUAAGACGCAAGGAGUAUUGCAUCAAAAAUAAAGCAGGAUGUCUUCUGAUGGUGACACUUUGGAUUCACUGAGAAAAUUUAUGCUUGAGCAGACUAAGCAAAAAAAUCGAUUUAGUAGACGAAACAGGCUGGAUGAAAUUGUAUCUGGCUUGUAUGUAGGUGACUGUUCAGCUGCAACAUCACUAGAAUGUUUACAUGUUCUUGGAAUCACCCAUGUAUUGAAUGCUGCAGAAGGCAUUGACUUUAACCAGAUAAUGACAGGACAUGCAUUCUAUGAGGGUACUGCUAUUAUUUAUCAUGGUAUUUCUGCUGAUGACAAAGACACCUUUGAUUUGCAAAAACAUUUUGAGGAGGCAGCAAACUUUAUAAGAGAUGCUAUAGGUACAAAAGACCACCCAAAAGGAAAUGCAAAGAUUCUGGUACACUGCAUGGCAGGAGUGAGUCGGUCUGCUACAUUUGCAGCAGCAUAUCUAAUGAGAGAUCACAAACUUAAUGUGAGAGAGGCUCUUAGAACAAUGCUUGAUAAAAGGGUUAUUUUUCCAAAUGAUGGUUUCUUUAAAAUGCUUGCUCAAUUACAACAAACAGCUUGGGUAUGAGAAAUAAAGUUAUUUAAGCUUAUUGUUUUUAUCACUGGAAUGAUUUUUGCCAGCAUGUUUUGUGACAGAUGACUAAACCAAGCUGUUGUGGCAUGGUGAGGGUUUAUGCAAUGACAAUACUACAAUUAAUUAUAUUUGUUUUAUAAAUCAUGAUUGGAAAUGUAUGAUAUGUAUAGUGUAUAAAAAUGUGAUGUUUGACUAA